AUGGCCGACAACGUCUCCGCUGCGACCGCUACCACCCUCCCCCCUCCUCCCCAAUCUUCUACGGUUGCCUCCAACCAGCAGUACGAUGCAUCCCAGGGCAACGGCCAAGCCAAUCCCUCCCACAUGCCACCACCUCCCCGCCCGCCCGUGGUGAUCCCACAAAACACCAAUCCGAUUCCGACCGCCAUCACAUCGCCCAUGUCCGGCAAUAUGAUGUCCCCGACCAGCGCUGGUGGCUUCGUGCGUCGGGCGGCCCCUGAGCCAAACAAGAGGGCCCUUUAUGUCGGUGGCCUCGAUCCCCGAGUGACUGAGGAUAUCCUGAAACAAAUCUUUGAGACUACCGGUCAUGUUGUUAGCGUCAAGAUCAUCCCCGACAAGAACAAGUUCAACAGCAAAGGUUACAACUACGGCUUUGUCGAGUUUGAUGAUCCCGGUGCUGCUGAGAGAGCGAUGCAGACGCUCAAUGGGCGCCGUAUCCAUCAGUCGGAAAUCCGUGUCAACUGGGCCUACCAAUCCAACAAUACGAACAAGGAGGACACCUCGGGCCAUUUCCACAUCUUCGUUGGUGAUCUGAGUAAUGAAGUAAACGACGAGGUGUUGACGCAAGCCUUCUCUGCCUUCGGCUCCGUGUCUGAGGCUCGUGUCAUGUGGGAUAUGAAAACUGGUCGCUCCCGAGGAUAUGGUUUUGUUGCAUUCCGUGACCGUUCUGAUGCCGACAAGGCUUUGAACUCCAUGGAUGGGGAAUGGCUGGGCUCGCGUGCAAUCCGUUGUAAUUGGGCCAACCAGAAGGGCCAACCUUCGAUCUCUCAGCAACAAGCCAUGGCCGCAAUGGGCAUGACACCCGCUACGCAGUAUGGCCAUCACAACUUCCCUACCCACGGCAUCCAGAGCUACGACAUGGUCGUCUCACAAACCCCGCAGUGGCAGACCACGUGCUACGUGGGCAACUUGACCCCUUACACCACGCAGAACGACCUGGUGCCACUCUUCCAGAACUUUGGCUACGUGCUCGAGACUCGUCUGCAGGCGGACCGUGGAUUUGCCUUCAUCAAGAUGGACUCGCAUGAGAAUGCGGCCAUGGCCAUCUGUCAGCUCAAUGGUUACAACGUCAAUGGACGCCCUCUGAAGUGCAGCUGGGGCAAGGAUCGUCCUCCUACUGGCCAGUUCGACAAUUUCUCUGGCCAGCAGGCCAGCUCACCUUUCAACUCUAGUCCCACUCCGUACUUUCCUCAGUACGGCGGUCCUGGGGGACCCAUGACCCCUCAAGGCCCCAACCCAGCCGGUAGAGGAUGGGACCAAUCCGGAAUGGGUGGUCAAGGCUACGGCCAAGUUCCUGGCAACGCAGGAUACGGCCGCGGCCAAGGUGCCCCAGCCUCUGGAUGGAACCAGCCAAACAAUGCCAAUUUCGGCAAUGGCUUCGAGUUCAUUCCGAGCGUCUUGUGGACAGGCAAGCCUCUGCCUAUAUUUAUCUGGGCUUCGUAUGCAGCAGGCAAUAGCAGCGGUGCGGCACUCUCGCUGGACGACAAUGACCGGCGCGCCGGGCGCAUGCGCUCAGGAAGCGCAAGCAGCGGCCAUAAGCGCAGCACUUCAGGCUCCUUACUGUCCCGAUUGUCCUUCCUACGAAUGAUCCAGGCGACACAGAACACGGCCGAGCGAAGCCAUUCAGGCCUCGAGCGCGAUGACGGCGACGAACUCACCUCCGGCUUACGGGGCGGGCGGGCCAUGUCCAAUGCGAUCCAGCAACAUCGGAGGACGCGUCGGAGACGCGGCUCGCUACGCAAGACGGCCCUCUUGGGCACCCGGCUCGACUAUCGAGACAAGAAGACUGCAAGGGUGCCGGCCGAUGUACUGCGAGGGGACAGCAGUGGGAGCGGCGAACCCCGACCGGGACCGACCCCCUUACCCUCCUCCCCUUCCUCAUCCUCUUCCACCAACCCACGAAUGCGAUAUCUAGCCGACCCCGUGUCGCGCGCAGACGAUGAAAACACCCCGCUCAGGAACCUCGGCUCCCAACCCGGGGAUGAGACGGAUACCGCAUGGAUGCUGAUGGAUGCACCGCAACGCGCCCGGGCGGCCGCGCCGGCGGCGGCGGCGACGACAACAACGACGCAUCGCCAGUCCAGCCCAACGAAAAACAGUCUCCUUGGAGUCGGCGAUGAGAUGAUGACGACGGACGACGAAGAGAUCAUCUCCUUCCCGCGGGCCAGCAGUACCAGUACCGCCUUGCAUUCGUCCUCCACCACCGGCGGCGCGACGGGCCUGCGCCUGCCCUCCGCCUCGUCGGCUUCCGAGUCCUACUACACUCUGCAGACGGAUCCGACGUACCGGGCUCUGCACCGGGCCAAGUCGCCGCUGGCCACGCACGCGGUGGAUAUGGCUGCCAGCUCGCAGAUGGUGUGGGACUACUCGGAGACGGAGUGGUGGGGGUGGAUCAUCCUGAUCGUGACGUGGCUGGUGUUCGUUGUGGGGAUGGGGAGCUGCUUUGGGGUCUGGAGCUGGGCGUGGGAUGUCGGGGAGACGCCGUACGCGCCCCCGGAGCUGGAGGAUGAUCCCACCCUGCCGAUCGUCGGGUAUUAUCCGGCGUUGAUCAUCUUGACCGCGGUCAUGUCGUGGGUGUGGGUGGUGGUCGCUUGGGUGGGGAUGAAGUACUUCAAGCAUGCGAACAUCUCUGGGGAGGACAUUUGA